CAGUGACAGAUAUCAAUCAGUCAAUAUCUGAUAGCACGCGUACAUGGCAAUAAAUUUAUUAACCUGUUUAUGAAGGAAAUGCGACUCUAUAAAUAAAGUUAUAAGCAACUGAGAACUUGUGUGUGUGCGUGUGUGCAACGAAAGCGAAAGGCAAGCGAGAGAAAACGCGAGUAAAUAAAUAUAAGUAAGAAAAUAAUAAAAUGAAAUCGCGGAUGGUGGCAAAAUUGCUCGCGGCGAUUGCACUGAUUUCCAUGAAGGCCGGCGCUAGCGUCAGCACCAGCGUUGCUGUCAUUUCCAUAGGUCAGGAUGCAGCCAACUUGAAUGCACAAUACUGCAACAGCUCGACGCAUUCCCACAUGUGGGGCGAUGUGGAUCCCAACAUAUUCUACAUUUGUGAUGAAGUGAAUAGCACAGCGCGCAAAUUGCGUUGUCCGAUGGGACGUGGUUUUUUCAAGGGACACGGCUACUAUGGCUGCAUACCGUACAAUGAGUGGCCAGCCUGCAUCGACAACAGUACUCGCAGCGACGUAGCAGGCAGCAACGCCACGGCGCAGGUGUGCAGUGACGAGGAAUCCUUACAACAAACAUGGACGGCAGUGGAUCCGAAUAAAUUUUAUAUUUGCCAGCAAGAGAAUAAUGCACCGCAGUUGAUGAACUGUGAACCGGGCAAAGGGUAUGUCAGCACCUGGACGAGUGGCGGGCAUGACAGUAUUCAUAUUGUGGGCUGUGCUGCGUGGGAGAAAUGGCGAAUGUAUAUGCAUUGUGAGGGCUUUUAUUGAGAUGUACGCUAAUUGAGGGUUAAAAAAGACACAUAAAAAAAAAUUAAAUAUUUUGGCCGAAUAUCUGAACAAUGUGUAUUUUAUAUGUAUGUACUCGUAUGUGUUGUUAUAAAUGGAGGCUGUGCUGAGAAGCGAGUGCUGCCGCCUACCAUCGCAUGAUUCAUCUGAUGGUGUUGUGCAAAACAUUUCUUUCCUAUGCACACAUACAUGCAUAAAUAUGUACAUAUACAUACACAUGUUUGUUUAUUUUGUGUGAUUGUUUGCGAUAUUCGAUAAACAAGUUUUGCAAUACCCGGUGAAAACAGUGUUGUGCCAGCAAAACUGGUUGGGUAAAAAUAAACAAAUUUAAUUAAGUAAAAAUAGCAUUGAUAAGUUUCCAUAUUUUUUUUUGACUGUUAUUGCCGAUAAGAUAGCGAGGCAAUAAAUUGAAUUGAAAAAAUCUGAGCAUAGUUUCUGGCUAAUGAAUAAAUUGAUUGAAACUGUAGCGGGCCAUGAAAUUUGAGUUCGAUAACAAUUAUGAGUUUCUGCUGGUGGCGUUUUCCAGGAAUGAAAAAAGAUAAUAGGAAAUAAUGAAAGUGGGGUAAAAAAUUUAAAUA